AUGGCGCAUUGGCCUAGCUACCGUGCCGCGCUCAGAGCAAUCAGGGACCAAAUCAUCACCAGAUUGAAGACGGACCAGAUUGACGAGUCCCAGGCGAUACAUGCAGGCAUCCAGCAGCGCAACCUGUGUCUAGAUGGACCAGAAGCCCCCCUUUUCUUUCAACCAUACCAGGAGGAACUCGAGCCACUAGACGAACUAGAAUAUGCAAUCUACGAUCCCAGCCUGGAGGAUUAUCAAAAUAUCAGAGACCUGCAUAUCACUAUGCAAAACUGUCUAUGGGGAGACUUCAAUUUCGAAGCGAUGUUCGAGAAUGAUUACUAUUGGCAUGUGUCUUUCACGGCUCGCACUCGAAUGGACAUAAACCUACCCCAUAUGAAGUGUCUGAUCGCAAACGAUAUCACCGGGGAUGAUCGACUUACUCGGGGGGAGCUGAUCAGCAUCGUAAAUAUCAUGGUUGGUCGAUUGCAUACUAGACAUCUUCGACCCCAUGUAAUAGCUCCAGUCAUGUUAUACUCCCUCAUGGGCCCACAUCAUCUUCGUGUUCUGGAGGCGUAUUAUAAUGGCGUCAACCUCGUGGUGCGAAAAACGAAGCUGUAUGAUAUGAAGGAGUAUGAUGAGAAAACCCUAGAACUACUUACGCGGUGGUGGUUGGGCCAUGCGGUUGGAGAUACUACUAAGUUGAUUACCCCGGAGACCCUUGUUUCUUGAUAUACCUACUUAUAAUGUAUGCGUGCGAGUGAAUCCAUGGUGGUGGUAUAUAUGUGUUUGUUAAGUAAUUGGACUUUUUAAUCAAAAGGGGUAGGUGUGCCGUAUAUUAACGGGCGUUUGGACACACCACCUGCACUAUUUCACCACUACUAUUGUUGGGUAUUAGAAUGAAUUACACGCAGACAAGUC